UUCCAAGGAUGAACCAUGUUUGGCAUGAUCAUGAAUAUCAAGGCGAUUUAGACACUGACACCGAGCGAAGCUGAAUUGAACAACAACAUGAACUGCAACUUCAGAAGACAAUCUACAUCCAUGCCAGUCUUAGCGAGCAGUCGAUCUUUCAGACCCCCAAUCAAAGCAUCAAUUACUCACAAACCAUCUGCACCUACAAGCGAGUGCACCGUACAACGCUACCGUUCCACGCCGGAGCUUCUCCGGAGCCCCGAACCAAGCAAGCAGAGCCCCGAACCAGCACGCGCCACGCUGGCUUCGCCUCGCCUAGGUCGCCUCACUUUUCUCCUCUUCACUCGAGCGAUAAACAAAAACAACCCCACGAGCCUUGCUAUGAUGAUGACGCUGCCCUUCGCAUCCUCCCGCGCGCUGGGGAAUUAAUUCUCCUAUUAUCCGAUUCCCUCGCGCCGCCCCACGACGCGCAGCCCGGAUGUACAGGAGAUCCGCCUGUAGUAUUAUAUAAUCCCGUAGCAACGGUUCCUACU